CUUUAUGAAGAAAGUGCGCUUCUCGUGAACAGGCAGAGGUGCGUCCAGCGUGCUGGCAUCAGUGGACUUUUAGUGUGUGGCUGCUGAAGCCAAACGGGCUGCGCGGUGCAGAAUCACCAGUUCGCAGAGUUUGAACAGUGGAAGGCUUUUACGCACGCAUGUUUGUUUUUUUCCUCUUCUUCGUCUGAGCUGAAUUGAAAGUUUGGAAUUACUGCUAUUUUCCUAAAGUAAGCGCGCUUUUACUGACUGCAUGAAAUAACUGUGGACAUUUGGAGCUCUUUGAAGAGACCAGCUUGUCUUUUAAUAUGAGCACUGAGGCGCAUUCACAUUUGGGACUGCAGAAAACCAGCAUGGAUUUCGUCAGCGACUUCGACUUGAUGAAGUUCGGCGUCAAGAAGGAGGCGAUGCAGGGUAUAGACCGCUCCUUCAUCGGGCCGUGCAGCCAGCUCCAGAGACCAGACUCUGUUUCCUCUACCCCUGGCAGCACACCUUGCAACUCAGUCCCCUCAUCGCCAAACCUCAAUCCAAGCGAGCAAAGAAACAACCCCGGGGGCGACCAGUUCUGGAUACCCAACAACGGGGGUUACCCCCAGCAAAUGUACCCUCAAGCUUUUGGCCUGACACCCGAGGACGCAAUGGAGGCCCUUAUCGGCGCCACGGCACAGCAGGGACAUCCAUCUGCGCCCCACAACCACCAUCCGCCACCUUUCCAAGCUGAAUACGAGGGGUACGGCAACCUGAAUGAGCCUGUCCAGCACUACCCGGGACUCCCGGGUCACCCCGACAUGCAAGGCAUCCCCAGCAGUCACUGUCAAGACCCUUAUCUGAAAGAUGAAAUGGGGUGCGCGUCCCCUGAGUCGCCGGAGGCCCAGCAGGUCCUCGGUGCGCACCACCAUCUCCAGCAGCAGCACAGCCGUCACGACAGGCGAUCCAACGUCGAAAGUCACUUCUCCGACGACCAGCUGGUGUCCAUGUCCGUCAGGGAGCUCAAUCGGCUCCUCAGAGGCCUCAGCAAGGACGAAGUGAUGCGUCUGAAGCAGAAGCGCCGGACCCUGAAAAACAGAGGUUACGCACAGUCCUGCCGCUACAAGCGCGUCCAGCAGAAACACAUUUUGGAGCAUGAAAAAACCAGCCUGGUGUCACAGGUCGAGCAGCUGAAACACGAACUCAACAGACUGAUGCGGGAGAGGGAUGCAUACAAACUUAAAUGCGAGAAACUGUCCGGUGCAAACUGUUACCACGAAACUGGGUCUACCAGUGACAACCCUUCUUCACCUGAGUAUUUAAUGUGAGUUUGUAAAUCUCCUGCAGAACUGAUUCUUUUCCAUAGGGAGGCAUUAUGUUGACAGCUCGCCUUGCUCCUUGACAAACAAUCCCAUGGAUUCACCAAGUUCUAAUUAAUGUUGGACUUAAGGAUAUCACUCAAAUAAUUGUAAUAGAUACAACUAGGCAACAAGUUAUGAAUGGAAAAUUACUAUGAAGCAUGCAUGCAGGACAUGUGUGAGAUGUUUUUAUUUUAUACAGGCAUAUCUGUAUUUUGUCUGGAAGGAGAUACUUGAAAUCAGAGGUUUUUCCCUUUUUAUUCAUAUACAACUUUAAUCCUUCAGCUUCAGUUACUGCUGAAUCUUCAUUUGGCUUGAUUUUUUUUUGUUGUUGCUUUGCUUAGUUUUUGUAGCUCAAAUUAUAUUUUGUGUUCACGCUUCCUUAAAAAAUAGAAAACAUACUGAAAAGAAUGAUGCUCGAAAUGACAUUUCUCUUAUUUUUAUGAAGCUGAUUCUGCUGGACAGAUGUGUUCCCUUAUUUGCUUUUCUUUUGAAGAUAAUAUAUAAUUAUUAUGCAAAUUGUUUUUCAUCUACUAUGUUUUUCAUUUACUAUGGAUCAAUAAACCUAUUGUGACUUUUUAAAA